CCUUUUUCGCUGGCGCUGCCCGUAGGUGGUUGUGGCCACCGCGCCCUGAGGCAGGCGGAGGCGGCGGCCAGUAAUGCCUGGGAAACUCCUGUGGGGGGACAUUAUGGAGCUGGAAGCACCUUUGGAGGAGCCCGACAGCCUGAGGAAGCAGAGGCGAAAGAGCUUAAUGGAUAUCGGAAUUUCGGAUAAGGGAUUAUGGACCUGUACUUCCCUUAUAGGGUUGUUACGAAGAUUUAAACAAGAUAAGCUGAAAACACAUUACUCAAUGCUGGAGUGACAGAAGGAAGUCAAGGCACCAUUAUGACUCAGAUGAGAAAUCAGAAACAAGGGAAAAUGGUGUUGCAGAUGACUUGGAUACUCCCAAGCCCAAAAAAGCUAAAAUGAGAGAGAAGCUAAAUGGAGACACUGAAGAAGGAUUUAAUAGACUUUCAGAUGAAUUUUCUAAAUCACGUAAGUCAAGAAGAAAAGAUCUGCCAAAUGGAGAUAUUAAAUAUGAAAAAAAAUCGAAGCGAGUAUCCUCCUUGGACAAUGCUCAUAAAUCAAGUGAUAAUAAACUAGAGGAGACCCUAACACGUGAACAGAAAGAAGGAUCUUUCUCCAAUUUCUCAAUUUCUGAAGAGACUGUAAAGCUUCUGAAAGGUCGAGGGGUAACGUAUCUCUUUCCUAUUCAAGUUAAGACCUUUGGCCCCAUAUAUGAAGGAAAAGAUUUAAUUGCUCAAGCACGAACAGGAACAGGGAAGACAUUCUCUUUUGCCAUCCCCUUGAUUGAAAGGCUCCAAAGAAAUCAAGAAACGGUUAAAAAAAGCCGCUCACCAAAGGUACUUGUUUUGGCUCCAACAAGGGAACUGGCAAACCAAGUAGCCAAAGACUUCAAAGAUAUAACUAGGAAACUCAGUGUGGCAUGUUUUUAUGGUGGAACAUCAUAUCAAAGCCAGAUUAAUCAUAUUCGAAAUGGUAUUGACAUCUUGGUUGGGACACCUGGUCGAAUCAAAGACCAUCUGCAGAGCGGCCGGUUGGAUCUUUCCAAACUACGCCACGUUGUGCUUGAUGAAGUGGAUCAAAUGUUAGAUUUAGGUUUUGCUGAACAAGUUGAAGAUAUUAUCCAUGAAUCCUACAAAACUGAUUCUGAAGACAAUCCUCAGACUUUACUUUUUUCUGCAACUUGCCCACAGUGGGUGUACAAAGUUGCAAAAAAAUACAUGAAAUCCAGAUAUGAGCAGGUUGACCUUGUUGGAAAAAUGACUCAAAAGGCUGCAACUACUGUGGAACAUCUGGCCAUCCAGUGCCAUUGGUCUCAGAGGCCAGCAGUCAUUGGAGAUGUCCUUCAGGUGUACAGUGGGUCUGAAGGGAGAGCUAUUAUUUUCUGUGAGACCAAAAAGAAUGUAACUGAAAUGGCCAUGAAUCCGCACAUAAAACAGAAUGCCCAGUGUUUACAUGGGGACAUUGCACAGUCACAGAGAGAAAUUACUCUGAAAGGCUUCAGAGAAGGUAGUUUUAAAGUUCUGGUGGCAACCAAUGUGGCUGCCCGUGGUUUGGACAUUCCUGAGGUUGACCUCGUGAUUCAAAGUUCUCCUCCACAGGAUGUUGAGUCCUAUAUCCAUCGCUCUGGACGCACAGGUAGAGCUGGCCGGACAGGGAUUUGCAUAUGUUUUUAUCAACCAAGAGAAAGAGGUCAACUAAGAUAUGUGGAACAAAAAGCAGGAAUUACUUUUAAACGUGUAGGUGUUCCUUCUACAAUGGAUUUAGUUAAAUCUAAAAGCAUGGAUGCCAUCAGGUCUCUGGCUUCUGUCUCUUAUGCUGCUGUGGAUUUUUUCCGACCAUCAGCCCAGAGACUGAUAGAAGAGAAAGGGGCAGUGGAUGCACUGGCUGCAGCAUUAGCCCACAUUUCUGGUGCAUCAAGCUUUGAACCACGAUCUUUGAUCACUUCUGAUAAGGGGUUUGUGACCAUGACUCUGGAAAGCCCUGAAGAAAUACAGGAUGUCAGCUCUGCGUGGAAAGAGCUUAACAGAAAGCUGAGUAGCAAUGCUGUGUCCCAAGUUACCAGAAUGUGCCUCCUGAAAGGAAAUAUGGGUGUUUGCUUUGAUGUUCCUACAAUCGAGUCAGAAAGUUUACAGGCAGAGUGGCAUGAUUCAGACUGGAUCCUCUCAGUACCAGCCAAAUUACCUGAAAUUGAAGAAUAUUAUGAUGGAAACACAUCCUCUAAUUCGAGACAGAGGAGUGGCUGGUCAAGUGGCCGGUCAGGCCGAUCGGGUGGUCGAUCAGGUGGUCGAUCAGGUGGCCGGUCAGGUAGACAGGGUCGACAGGGGAGUCGGUCAGGAAGUCGACAAGAUGGCCGAAGACGAGGUGGGAGAAAUCGAUCAAGAAGUGGGGGCCACAAACGGAAUUUUGACUGAGUAUUUGAUAAUCUGCCAGUGUGAGCUUGUGUAUUUCUGCCUAAUCAUGUACAUUAUCCACCAAAAAUUAGGUCAUCAUAGUUGAAGUGUAUGUGUCUGCUAUUUGCAAAGAAGUUGGUCGUAUUUUUUUAAAAAGUAUUUCACAAGAAUGGUCGUAAACAUAUCUACUUAUCCAGAUAUACCUUUGAAUAAAAAAAUUCCUUUUAUUGUCUCUUUUCAUUGUGCCUUAAGAAUUUUCUAACUGUAGUCUUAAAAUUUCCUAAAAUUUGACAGUCAAAUUAAUUUUGCUAAAGUCACUCACAUUUUACAAAAUAUGGUGUAUUUAUAUUCAGAUCAUUCCUUUCAUAGGUAAUAUCUUAGAACAUGAAAUCUUGUCUACAUUAAAGGCUGACAAACUGGUGCUAUGGUUAGUUAGGUACAGUGGUUUAAACUCUAACUAUAGUUCACUGAGAGGCUGCACAAGCAGUGUACUCAUUAAUUUACUGAAUGUCAACUGUGUGUCCAUCACUAUGCUAGUUAUUGGGGAAUACAGUUGUGCUAUAACUAACCUCAAGAAAAUUAGACUCUAACACUUAAGCAAUUAUGAUAGAGAUUAACAAAGGCUAAAAUAAAGGUAGAUAUGGGAUACUAAGAACCUUGUUAGGUGUACCUAAUAAGUUUUAUGAGUCAGGAGGCUUUUUAGAAGAAAUGAUACCCAACAGAGAAGUAAAGUAGAAAUAUCAGUUGAUCUAGCCAUGUUUAUGGUAGGAAGAGGGCUUAUAGGAAGAGAGAACAACAGGUACAGGAACUUAGAGGCAAAGAAGAACCUCGCAAAUAGUUCAGUAUGGCUUACAUGUGAUAGGCAGAGGGGAAGAAUAAGACAGGGAUUUAGUGUUUAACAGGGACCAGAUCUUAAAGGUCAUAUUGCAUCUUUAAGAAAUUUAAAACUUUUCUUGAAGAUUGGGGAACCAUUAAAGGGUUGGAUUUAAUUUUGGCUGUACUGAAGAGGAUGGACUGGAGCAGGGCUAGACUGGAGGCCUAGAAACUGCAUUAAGAGGCUAUAAAAAAAAAAGAGGCUAUAAGAGUAGUCCACGGUAAAGAUACUGGUUAUCUGAACUAAUUAUAGGUAAUAGGAUUAGGCCAGGCCUGAGCCAGGAGACUUGAACUCACUCCAGGUCUCCCAUGUGGAUAGCAGGGGCCCAACAACUCAAAUUAUCAUCUUCUGCCUCCCAAAAUGCACAUCAAGGGUGGAGCUGGGACUUGAACCUGGGUAAUCUGAUACUGGAUGUGGGUGUCCUGCAGCAUCUUAACUUUUUUUUUUUUUUUUUUUUAAGAUUUAUUUAUUUGAAAGGCAGAGUGACAGAGAGAUUCCAUCCACUGGUUCACUUCCUAAAUGGCCACAACAGCCAGAGCCAGAAGCCUGAACCUCCAUCUGGGUAUUCCAUGUGAAUGCCAGAGGCCCGAGUACUUGGCCCAUUCGCUGCUGCUUUCCCAGGUGCAUUAGCAGGGAGCUGGAUCAGAAAUGGAGCAGCUAGGAUUUAGCCUGCUGUGCCACAACACUAGCUCUUCCAUAUACAAACUUUUUAAAAUAGAAUUGUCCCACUGAUUUUAAGAGAAUAUAGUAUAUAUUCCAGAUAUGAGGAAACAGGCUUGGCAGAAUUGACAUUCAAACAGAACUUUGGGGCCAGUGCUAUGGUGCAGUGAGUUAAACCCCUGGCCUGCAGCCCCAGCAUCCUGUAUGGGGGUUGGUUUGAGUCCCUGCUGCUACACUUCCAACCCAGCCCCCUGCUCUUGUGCCUGGGAAAGCAGUGGAGGAUGGCUCAAGUUCUUGGGCCCCUGCACCCGUGUGGGAGACCCAGAAGAAGCUCCUGGCUCCUGGCUUCAGAUUGACACAGCUCUGGCUGUUGCAGCCAUUUGGGAAGGUGUUUUGUUUUGUUUUGUUUUGUUUUGUUUUGUUUUGUUUUGUUUUGUUUUGUUUGACAGAGUGGACAGUGAGAGAGAGAGACAGAGAGAAAGGUCUUUCUUUACCAUUGGUUCACCCUCCAAUGGCCGCUGCAGCCGGUGCACCACACUGAUCUGAAGCCAGGAGCCCAGUGCUUCUCCUGGUCUCCCAGGUGGGUGCAGGACCCAAGCACCUGGGCCAUCCUCCACUGCACUCCUGGGCCACAGCAGAGAGCUGGCCUGGAAGAGGGGCAACCGGGACUAGAACCCCGGGGUGCCGGCGCCGCAGGCAGAGGAUUAGCCUGCUGAGCCACGGCGCCGGCCAUUUGGGAAGUUUAUCAGUGAUGGAAGACUUUUCUCUAACAUUGUCUUUCAAAAAAAAAAAAAAUUCACAUUUCCUAGCAAAUAUAUGAGUUCUUCCAUUUGCUACUGAAUUUUAUACUGAUGACUGGACUCAGUGUAAUAAUUUGACCACCUUUGAUCCCAGAGGGGCCAUUUGUGUGCUUUUUGGAAUUUUCGGUUUGUGCCUUUUAUGCAGGCUUAUGUUUAAAAGGAAGGUAUGUAUUUUAUAAGCCUUAACGGCAAUUUACCAUUCAGUGGUGUUCUGGGACAUCCUCUCUAACAUCUGUUGGUAAUAAGCCCCUGUUCUGUAAGCAGUGGUGUCAUGUAUAGCAGUUAUCACACAAUUUUGUGGUUUGUCAAGCAGAUUGCAGUUUUUUUUUAAGGGAAUUAAAAAAAAAAAAAAGAUUUAUUUAUUUGAAAGGAAGAGUUACAGAGAGGCAUAGACAGAGAGAGACGUCUUCCAAACGCUGGUUCACACCCCAGUUGGCCGCAACAGCCGGAGUUGGGCCAGUCAGAAGCCAGGAGCCACAAGCUGCUUCUGUGUCUCCCACAUGGGUGCUGGGGCCAAAGGACCUGGGCCAUCUAUUACUUUCUCAGGCCAUAUAAGAGAGCAGCUGGGACUUGAAGCGGCGCCCAUAUGGAAUGCUGGCACUAUAAGCAGCAGCUUUACCCACUAUACCACAGUGCCAGCCCCUUCAGGUUUUCUUUCUUCUUUUUAAGAAUUAUUUAUUUGAAAGAGUCACAGAGAGAGGUAGAGGCAGAAAGAGGUCUUCCAUUCCACUGGUUCAGUCUGCAAAUGAGGGCCAUGGCCAGAGCUGAGCUGAUCUGAAGCCAGGAGCCUCUUCCAGGUCUCCCAUGUGGGUGCAGGGGCCCAAGGAGCUGGGCCAUCUUCUACUUUCCCAGGCCACAGCAGAGAGCUGGAUCCGAAGUGGAGCAGCCGGGACAUGAAUCGGCGCCCAUAUGGGCUGCGGGUGCUGCAGGCUGAGGCUUUAACCCGCUGGGCCAUAGCGCAGGCCCCACUGCAGGUUUUCUUGAGGCAAGGACUAGGCCUUCACUUAUGAACUCCAGUGUUCUUGGUAAAAUACUGGAAUUCUAUAUUUUGAGCAUUUUGGUGGUCAAUUGGUUGACUGCAUCCAUGCUUAUUCUCCUCUUGCACCCAACACCAGGAUGACUGAAACACUUUGCUGCCUGGGCGUAUGGAUAAAGUUUACUUCAAGUGGUUUUCCUCCACCAUUGCCGUGUUAAUGUUUGAAUAAACACUGAGUUAGAGAUUACUUACUGUGCGUCAAACAAAUGUCUGAAAUUUUAAGGACAGAAAGAUGGAUAAAUCAAAUUUCCUGGCUUAAGUUUAUCACAAUAUAAGUUGUUGUACAUUUACCUAAAUUGUCAAAGAAAAAACUGGGGCCAGUGCUGUGGCAUAGCGGGUAAAGCUGCCACCUGCAGUGCCAGCAUCCCGUAUGGCUGCCAGUUCAAGUCCCGGCUGCUCUUUCAAUGCAGCUCUCUGCUACUGCCUGGGAAAGCAGAAGACGGUCCGUCUUGGCGCCUGCACCUACGUGAGAGACCCGGAAGAAGCUCCUGGCUCCUGGCUUCGGACUGGCCCAGCUCGGCUGUUGUGGCCAUUUGGGGGAGUGAACCAGCAGAUGGAAGACCUCUCUUUCUCUCUCUGCCUCUCUAACUGCCUUUCAAAUAAAUAAAUCUUUUUAAAAAUUACAAAAUUCAGACUAUGAAACAUCCAAUAGUUCAUUUGAAGCAAAAAUUUUCCUUAAAAGUGAUGAAAAAUGUGCAGGAAAAAGUAAUCUCAUGAAAUACAGAAAUAAAACUUCCAGCGUUUAUUUGAAAGAUUUACAGAGAAGGGGAGACAGAGAUCCUCCAUCAGCUGGUUUACUCCCCAAAUGGCCACAACAGCCAACGCCGGGAGCCAGGAGCUUCUUGUGGGUCUCCCAUGUGGGUGGCAGGGACCCAAGGACUUGGGCCAUUCUCUUUUGCUUUCCUAGGCCAUUAUCAGGGAGCUAGAUCAGAAGUGGAGCAGGUGGGACUCCAACAGGCACGCAUAUGAGAUGCCAGCCUCAGGGGCAAUGGGCUUUUCCCACCAUGCCACGAUGCUGGCCUGACCUAUGAGUUUGAUGUACUCAAUGUGCCAGGCCCUGCCAAACCAUUCACUGUCUAAUUUUCUCAGUUUAUUUUGUUAACGGUUUUGGUACCCCGUUUCAUACAUGGAAACUCAAAAUAGUGGCCAAGGCAGGUCUUCAUAGAUAGGAUUCCAACCCAUUUUGUAAAAUAAAUUGUUUCCCAGUGCAUUGGACCACUGGUUCUGUAGGAAAAGCUUAACAACAGUGUCAUUGAUCAUUUAAUUGGCCACUUUCCCCUCAACUUCCUGAAGUACUAUGGUGUCCAAACCACUCACGAUGAAGAGCCCCUGUCAACUUCCAUCAGAGAUGUACAUGGCUUGGGUGCCAAGGUCGGUUUAGGUACCUCUUUGUGCCUUCAAAACAACUGAGGCCUCUCUCUCCCACCAAGCUUCUGGCAGAUGAGACUUGUGGGCUGUCUGCAUGCCGCUUUUCACACCGACUUGGGGGAAUGCUCUAGAUGUUUGUUGCCGGCACACAUGCAUGAAAGACCCGACUGAACUCUGGCUCUUACCCAGGCUCGUGAGUUUGGCGUCAAUUAUAAAAGUUUCCACAAAAUGAUUAAGGACGCAAAUCCCGCACGUUUGUAGUAAAAAUACCUUGCAAGCUUGAGCAACCUGAUAGAAGGCACUGAAGAGGGGACUGGCGCUGUGGCUCAGUGGGUUAAUGCCCUGGCCUGAAGCACUGGCAUCCCAUAUGGGUGCCGGUUCUAGUCCCGGUUGCUCCUCUUCCGAUCCAGCUCUCUGCUAUGGCCUGGGAAAGAGGUGGAGGAUCAUCUAGGUCCUUGGGCCCCUGCACCUGCGUGGGAGACCUGGAAGAAGCCCCUGGAUCCUGGCUUCGGAUCGGCACAGCUCCGGCCGUUGCAGACAUCUGGGGAGUGAACCAGCGGAUGGAAGACCUCCCUCUCCCUCUCUCUCUCUCUCUCUCUCUCUCUCUCUCUCUCUGCCUCUUCUCUCUGUGUAACUCUGACUUUCAAAUACAUAAAUAAAAAAAAGUAGGCAAUGAAGAAGCGCCAUUCAAAAGCAAUCAGUCACAAGUCAUCCUUUAUCAGGUGUGGCUGGCGAGAAUCCGGCCAGUGUUUCAGAAUACAAUGCUAACCUUAGUGGUUCUCCAGUUCUAUCCUUUUGUAGGUGCCGUCUGGGCAAGCGCCGAAAGCGGUCGCUUCGCUAAGCCCUGCCACUUUCAGGCCAGGAACUACCCCACCACCCGCCUCCUUCCUUGCGCUUCCUGCUUCCGCCGGAAAUGCUUUGCCGCAGGAAGUGACGCGAGUUGGGGGGGCCAAAGGGGAAGUACUAUCUUUUCCUCUCCACGCGGUUGAGGGCACCGGACGGCCUGCGCGGCGGGUGCUGAGUGAUGCCGGGCAAACUCCGUAGCGACGCCAGUUUGGAAUCAGCCACGACCAUGGGAAAAGUGGAGAAGACGCGAAAGCAAAAUGAGAAG